UCAUGUCCAAUUUGACCGUAAAAUAUUUACCUUUGGUCAGUGCAUUCAUUUCACGUUUUCAUUUUCUUUUCCUUUCCAUCUCAAAUUCAUUUCAUUUCCAUCGCAUCACUUGAAACUGUUGAGAGGAGAGGUGAAUCCUUUUGUCUGACUUGUUAUUUAUUGCAUUAAGGAAAAGUUCAAUAAAUCUUUUCUUCCUUUUUAACAUUUUUCUUUAAUAGUUUCUGUCUGUGUCGUGUGGCUGUGUUGGCCUAAGUUGGGGUGUGUUUAUGAGUAAAUUAAAGAUUGAUGUCCUCAUUAAUCCCACCCUGAUUUUCCAUCUGUUCUCUUUCACACCACAUCAUCUCAUCCGAUCUCAUCAUCUCAUCCAAGGAAACCUCUCUCUCUUUACGUGUUUUCUUGAUAAAGCGGUGAGUUUUGUGUUCAUAUAUAUGCUUAUUUUCUUCUGUUCUUAUAUGUCUGUGAAGAGAAAAGAGAGGUUUGUUUUGCUGUGUUUAGGUCUUGAUCGUAGAUCUGCUGCUCAAUCUGCUGCUCUUGGGCUGAUUUGCUGAAGAACAACAGUGCUGGAUAUCUUGUCUCCAUUAUUAUACCAUUUGGACCUGUCUCGAGUGUUUGAACAUCGUAGUCCUAAUGCAAGGGCAAAGGAGUGGUGUCAGUACCUUGCGUGAAAAUAUAUGCUUUGAUAAUGGAUCCCAAACAAAUGAUGCUGGCAUAGAUCAGCAGAUAUCUUGGAAUAACAUGCAGCCUUCCUCCCAACAUCCGUUACCAGAUUAUAUGAUACCCUCUAGUGGCACAAAUGUUUCGUAUCUGAAUCAUGCAAACCAAGAGGGGAUCUUAAGUGGGUGGAAUAGUGGUGUAAGUAGUUCAAAUGCGGCAUUGAGUCAUAUUGGUCGAAAUGAAAGAGAAGCAGAACGUGGAUGGCCAUCAUUGACGAGUGUCCGGUCUGGACCAGCUUUCACAUUGGGAGAACAGCGCUAUGAAGCCUCUAAUAUUCUGUCAUUGAAUAAUGUUGAUGUAAACUUGAAUAGCAACCAGUCUACAAAUGGGUAUUUGCAAACUACUACCCCUGAUUCCCUUCCUCAGGAUCGUAACAUCAGUUCAAGGUCUUUAGACAAUGAUGAAGAUUGUCAGAUUGUGGAGCGUCCUAAUGCAUACAAAUCUGUUGGAUCAUUAAAUGAGUGGAUGCCAUCAGCCAGUAGUUCAUCCUAUCCUUUUGGGCUGCCUGCCGGAAGUGGUGGAUCUGCAAUGGAGGAGAUCGAUGGUAGGCCCGGUUGUGCUGUUGAAGGACGACGCUUAUCAUGUAAAAGGAAAGUACUUGAAGAAGACAUUGGACAGUCUUCUGGCUCUGGAAGUUCAAAUUAUUUUCAUCAUGCUGAAAGCAGUCUAUGGCAUGCUUUACCAGCCCCUCAGCACGCAACAAGCACUGUAAAUAUGUCCACACCCACAGAGAACAACUUGUUCAUGAAUGUACAAGGGCAAGCAAACCCAAGACAUGGACUUGGCUUUGGAGUGAAUGCAUCAGGAACUCCUCUUACUUCGACUGCUACAGUAAUUUCUGAAAGUUCCCGCCCGAGUUCCCGUUUGAGGAUUAAUGGAUCAUUCCAACAAGAUUCUGUACCUGGGAAUCUGUUUUGUACAGAGGUUGAUGUUGGAGAUGUAAAUGCUUUGUCAUCCCAGCAUUCAUCAAGACUUCAUGUUCGAAAUAAUGCAUUUGAUUCCCGGUCAGCAUCUGCAGCAGAAAAUGGAAGUUCUCAAGUACCGUCUGCUCUUAUGCAUGUUCCAUAUUUGCGACGUAAUCCACAGUCGAGGUGGAACAGAACAUCAAGCUCAAGAGCAAGCAGUUCAUCAGGUUCUGCUAUUCCUGGAGAGAGAGGUGCUGUGCUUUAUGAAGACCCUAAUGUCAGAAAUGUCCCAAGAAACAUUUCAGAACAACCUAUGUUUGUACCUCCUAUUGAUCCAAGAAGUUCAUCACAAAAUCCUACAAAUUGGAGUUUAGCUGGUGGAAAUACCACUAUUGCCGGAAAUGUUGCAGCUCCUCCUCCGAGUAGCUCUAGUUCAAGGGUCAAUUCAUCCAUACCUCCUUGGGCUCCCCACCAUGGUUCUCCAGAAUAUCCGAGGAGACUGUCGGAAAUUGUUCGCAGAUCUUUGUUGUCUUCGGCAGGUACAGAGUCCGGAGGUCAGAGCAGUAAUCAUGCUCUACGUUCUGGUUCUUCUCCUUCUCAGCAGACAACACUUUCUCCUGGAUCUGGUAAUCAUAGGCAUCAUCUAUCAAACUCAAGGUCAGCAAUGUUGUUGGAGAGACAUCUUGAUGGUGCUUUCAGAGUACCUUAUUCACUGAGAACUCUUGCUACUGCCAGUGAAGGAAGAAAUAGGCUAGUUUCUGAGCAGAUUCGCAGUGUUUUAAAUCUCAUGCGAAGGGGAGAAGGUUUGCGAUUUGAGGAUUUUCUGAUCCUGGAUCAGUCGAUCUUUUUUGGGAUGGCUGAUAUCCAUGAUCGACAUAGAGAUAUGCGGCUUGACGUUGAUAACAUGUCUUAUGAGGAACUGUUGGCGCUGGAGGAGCGCAUUGGAAAUGUUUGCACAGGAUUAAAUGAAGAAACUAUUUUGCGUCAUAUGAAGCAGCGGAAGUACGUAGACGUUCGAAAAGAAGGCGAAGUUGAGUCAGAGCCGUGCUGUAUAUGUCAGGAAGAGUAUAAAGAGGAAGCAGAUAUGGGGACACUGGAUUGUGGGCAUAAUUUUCAUAGGGAGUGUGUUAAGAAAUGGCUCAUGCAAAAGAAUAUAUGCCCCAUUUGUAAAACUACUGGACUCUCUACAUGAGACGUGGCCAGGAACUCUGGUCUCACCUUUGGGGAGGAUGUAUUUAUUUUGUUGAAUUUAUUUAGACAUCCUUGUGAGGUACAAACUGAUUCAGAACGUGAAAGUGGAACUCCUUUUGACUUUAAAUUUAGUUGAGAAUUAUAUUGAUUAAUUGAAAUUCAAAUAAUUUUUUAUUUAA